GGGCAUCAAAUCCACCGCGCACACACAGGGCAACUAUAUCCUAGCUUAUCUGAAAACAAAACCGAAAGAAACUACAAACUCUGCAACUGUCUGACGAUCCUUUCUGUCGUGCCCCCCAAAUCCUCGUACUUGAAAUCCAUACAAUCAAGGCACACAAACUUUAAGGUUAAGGAGCAGGUGAAAAAUUUCAUUUGUAUUUUUUCAGUUGGAUUAAUGGCGGGUUUAAAAGAGGACCCAAUUCUUGGAAUUGACGGUAUCACAAUAAAGGAGGAGCUUGAGAUUGGUAAGCCUGAGAUUGACAGGUCGAGAGAGGACCACCCAGUUCUUGAAACUGGCGGUGCAGUAAUAAAAGGGGAGUCUUUGAUCAACAACAGGUCUGUUAUUGACAAGGUGAGAGAGGAGGGGAGCUGUGGUCAAGGUGAGAGAGACAUGGUUCCUCCCAUUAGCAAUUCUAUUCACAGGUCAGGUUCCAGACCACAGCUUGACCUUAGCAAGGCUGCAAUUGAAGGGACCUUUGAGGAGAGAGAUCCUACAAUUCUGUUGCCUAAUCAAUCUGAUGAUAUAUCACAUUUGGCUCUUGAUAUUGGAGGUUCGCUAAUCAAGUUGGUGUAUUUUUCAAGACACCAAGACCGACCAACUAAUGAUAAGAGGAAGAAGACAGGGAAGGAAAGAUUUGGAAUUGCCAAUGGUUAUAGGAGAAGCUACCCCAUUCUUGGAGGGAGACUUCAUUUUGUCAAGUUUGAGACAAGCAAGAUCAAUGAAUGCUUAGAUUUUAUUUCUUCCAAGCAGCUUCACUGUGGUGGCAUGGAUUCACAUAGUUGGCAUUCUGAGACCUCACCCAAUGGCAAUGCUGUAAUUAAGGCCACUGGCGGCGGGGCAUACAAGUUUGCAGACCUCUUCAAGGAAAGGCUUGGGGUUAGUCUUGACAAGGAAGAUGAGAUGGAUUGUCUUGUGGCAGGAGCCAACUUUUUGCUUAAGGCUAUUCGCCAUGAAGCUUUCACACACAUGGAGGGCCAGAAAGAGUUUGUGCAGAUUGAUCAGAAUGAUCUGUUCCCUUAUCUUCUUGUUAACAUUGGAUCUGGUGUUAGUAUGAUCAAGGUUGAUGGGGAUGGGAAGUUUGAACGAGUCAGUGGCACAAAUGUUGGUGGUGGUACUUACUGGGGCUUGGGAAGGCUGUUAACCAAGUGCAAGAGUUUCGAUGAGUUGCUAGAGCUGAGUCAAAGGGGUGAUAAUAGAACAAUUGAUAUGCUGGUCGGUGAUAUUUAUGGUGGUAUGGAUUAUAAUAAGAUUGGUCUCUCAGCAUCAACCAUCGCUUCUAGUUUUGGCAAGACUAUAUCUGAAAAGAAGGAACUCGCAGACUACAGACCUGAAGAUAUUUCCCUGUCCCUCUUGCGAAUGAUUUCAUAUAACAUUGGGCAGAUUUCAUACCUGAAUGCACUUCGAUUUGGGCUUAAACGAAUCUUCUUUGGAGGGUUUUUUAUUAGGGGUCAUGCAUAUACAAUGGAUACAAUUUCCUUUGCUGUUCAUUUCUGGUCAAAAGGAGAGGCACAGGCAAUGUUUUUGCGGCAUGAAGGGUUUCUGGGAGCUUUAGGAGCAUUUAUGAGCUAUGAAAAGCAUGGUCUUGAUGACUUGAUGGUCCAUCAGUUAGUUGAAAGGUUCCCUAUGGGUGCACCAUAUACUGGAGGAAAGAUUCAUGGGCCACCACUCGGGGAUUUGAAUGAGAAGAUUUCAUGGAUGGAAAAGUUUGUGCAGAAGGGAACCGAGAUUACUGCACCUGUACCAAUGGAUCCACCUGGAACCACAGGGCUUGGUGGGUUUGAAGUUCCUUCAUCCAAAGGUGGUACUCUACGUUCUGAUGCCAGUGCAUUAAACGUUGGUGUUCUGCAUCUUGUACCCACACUGGAGGUGUUUUCACAGUUGGCAGACCCAAAAAUGUACGAGCCUAACACUAUCGACCUUUCAGAUCACAAUGAAUUAGAGUAUUGGUUCACUGUGCUGUCCGAGCAUUUGUCAGAUCUUGUUGAUAAGGCAGUGGCUAGUGAAGGUGGAACAGAUGAUGCUAAAAGAAGAGGUGAUGCUUUUGCUCGUGCAUUUUCUGCUCACUUGGCAAGGUUAAUGGAGGAGCCUGCAGCAUAUGGGAAGUUAGGAUUGGCCAAUCUUUUGGAACUAAGGGAAGAGUGCUUGAGAGAAUUCCAAUUCGUUGACGUCUACAGAAGCAUAAAACAAAGGGAAAAUGAGGCAUCACUUGCUGUGUUACCUGACCUGUUGGCGGAGCUUGAUAGCAUGACAGAGGAGACAAGAUUGCUUACAUUAAUUGAAGGUGUUCUAGCUGCAAACAUAUUUGACUGGGGAUCUCGUGCUUGUGUGGAACUCUAUCAUAAAGGAACAAUUAUAGAAAUCUAUAGAAUGAGUCGCAAUAAAAUGCAAAGACCUUGGCGGGUGGAUGACUUUGAUGUAUUCAAAGAAAGAAUGUUGGGGUCUGGAGAUAAGAAGCCUCGCCCCCAUAAGCGAGCUUUACUUUUUGUGGACAACUCAGGUGCUGAUGUUGUUUUAGGGAUGCUUCCCCUAGCACGGGAGCUCCUCCAACGUGGAACUGAGGUUGUUUUGGUUGCGAACUCCCUUCCUGCACUAAAUGAUGUAACUGCUAUGGAGCUUCCUGACAUUGUAGCUGAGGCUGCAAAGCAUUGUGACAUUCUUCGCAGAGCUGCUGAAGCAGGUGGCCUACUUGUUGAUGCAAUGAUAAACACUUCAGAUGGUUCUAAAGAGAAUUCCUCCUCGGUCCCCUUGAUGGUUGUUGAGAAUGGGUGUGGGAGUCCAUGCAUAGAUUUGAGGCAGGUCAGCUCUGAGCUCGCUGCUGCUGCAAAGGAUGCUGAUUUGAUUAUAUUGGAAGGCAUGGGUAGAGCUCUUCACACCAAUUUCAAUGCUCGGUUUAAAUGUGAAGCUUUGAAGCUUGCAAUGGUGAAGAAUCAGAGGCUUGCAGAAAAAUUGAUCAAAGGAAACAUAUAUGACUGUGUGUGCAGAUACGAACCAGCCAGUUGAAAUCUUCUCAAGUUCUUUUCAAUCAGGAUGUUAUCAUUCUGCAACUGAAGAAACAGAAAAGACAAUCUCCUCAUAAGUUAACCAUGGAGAGGUUGUCACGAGUCCAACUUUAUUAUGUAGGAAAUGGGGUAGUAAAAAAAUGGAAAUAAACAGAAGGGAGAUGAAGGGAUAGGCCUAUACAUCUGAUUCUCCAUCCUGUCUUGAUUAGUCAAUUUAGAUAAUAAAGAAACCAUCCAAGUCGUGAUUUCUAGUUA